AUGGCAGCUGAAGGUCCUGACCUCGAUCCCAUACCACCGGAGAUCACCAAGAAUGAUGUGGGAUGGAGGAGGGUGGUGCGCAAUUUUACACCUUCAUGGUUCUCCGUCACCAUGGGCACCGGUAUCGUGUCAAUGCUUCUCUACAUGCUACCAUAUAAUGGGAGAUGGCUGCAUUGGGUAUCCGCCGUUGUCUUUGCCUUGAAUGUCUUACUCUUUGUUGUGGCCUGCAUUAUCUCGGCCCUUCGCUAUGCGCUAUACCCGGAAAUAUUCUGGGCAAUGAUCUCGCACCCAGUGCAGUCCAUGUUUAUCGGAACAGUACCAAUGGGGUUUGCGACUAUCGUCAACAUGUUUUGCUUUAUUUGCGUUCCCGCCUGGGGUUCAUGGGCGCAGACAUUCGCGUGGACGAUCUGGAUUAUUGACGCCGUUGUCUCUGUGGUAACUGCUCUAUCGUUACCAUUUGCGCUAAUGUCCAGAAAAGAUGAAACACAGCUCUCGUCGAUGACAGCAGUGUGGUUGCUUCCUAUCGUCAGCUGCCCGGUCGCCGCCUCGUCGGGAGCAAUAGUGGCUGAUAUCCUACCAAAUCCACAACAUGCCCUCUGGACUGUGAUAGCAAGCUACGUGCUUUGGGGUAUCGGACUGCCCCUAGCAUUAAUGGUCAUGGUAAUAUAUCUGCAGCGCUUAACGCUACACAAGAUUCCUCCCAAGGCCAUGAUCGUUAGUGUUUUUCUCCCUCUAGGACCAUUCGGAUCGGGGGGAUACGCGUAUGUAAACCCUUUCUUUCCGUAUGAAUUAGGAAACCCGAUUUACAAUUCCCAGGGCGAUGAAGCUUGGAAAAGCCGCACAGACGAUCUUCCCCCAGACUCAGACGCUCGAGGAGCUAUCCGGGCCAACGUUCCAUGCGAUGGGUUUCCUGGUCGGGCUCAUUUUGUGGGCUUUUGGUUUGGUGUGGCUCUUCUUUGCGUCCGCUUCUAUUGCACGAUGCAAGACGUUCCCAUUCAAUAUUGGAUGGUGGGGGUUCACUUUUCCCAUUGGGGCGUAUGCUUCAUGUACUUGCCAGAUCGGAGCGGAGCUUCCAUCAGCGUUCUUUCGGGUUUUAGGGACAAUCAUGUCGAUUUGCGUAGUUUUGUUAUGGAUCGUGGUCAGUGCAGGGACUUUGAAGGGGGUGAUAUCCGGUCAGAUGUUCCAUGCACCAUGUUUAGCGGAGUUAAGGCCCAAGGAGGAUGA